GGGAGGAGGAGGCUGAAGAGAAGGAGGGGGAGGAGGAGGAGGAGGAGGAGGACACGGGGAGGCGGCUGCUGCUGCUGCUGCCGGGCAGAGAGGAGUCGUGCCGGAGCUGCGGCGGCACUCGGACGCCACAUUCCCCCCGUACGGGACUGGCGGGGAGGAUGAGCGAUAGCUGAGCCUGCUGCCGGCGCUGCCAAGUGCCCCUUCCUUCUUCUCCUCCUCCUCCUCCUUCUCCACCUCCUCCCCUGCUGUGGGUGAACCUGCGCUACGGGCUCUUCACCGACCCGGGGAGGGGGCUGGUUUGUUUGUGUAUUUGUUUAAGGAACAGAGAGAGAGGAGGAGAGAGAGAGAGAGAGAGAGAGAGAGAUCUUCCAUCCGUUGAAGCACAGUUCACUAUGAUCGUACUCGCAUUCAGCACUGGAAGCCGGUUGGAUUUCGUGUCUCGGUCCAGGGUGUUUUUCUUGCAAACCUUCCUUUGGAUUUUAUGUGCUACAAUGUGCAAAGCGGAGCAGUAUUUCAAUGUGGAGGUAUGGUUACAAAAGUAUGGCUACCUUCCACCAACUGACCCCAGAAUGUCGGUGUUGCGCUCUGCAGAAACCAUGCAAUCAGCUAUAGCUGCCAUGCAGCAGUUCUAUGGCAUUAAUAUGACAGGAAAAGUGGACAGGAACACAAUUGACUGGAUGAAGAAGCCUCGAUGUGGAGUGCCUGACCAAACACGAGGUAGCUCUAAAUUUAACAUUCGUCGGAAACGAUAUGCGUUAACAGGACAGAAGUGGCAGCACAAACAUAUCACUUACAGCAUUAAGAACGUCACUCCAAAAGUAGGUGAUGCUGAAACUCGUAAAGCCAUUCGCCGUGCCUUUGAUGUGUGGCAGAAUGUAACUCCUCUAACAUUUGAAGAAGUUCCUUAUAUUGAAUUAGAAAAUGGCAAAAGGGACGUGGAUAUUACAAUCAUUUUUGCAUCAGGUUUUCAUGGAGACAGUUCUCCCUUUGACGGGGAGGGAGGAUUUUUGGCCCAUGCAUAUUUCCCUGGGCCAGGAAUUGGGGGAGACACUCAUUUUGACUCAGAUGAGCCAUGGACUUUGGGAAAUCCUAAUCAUGAUGGAAAUGAUCUGUUUCUAGUUGCUGUGCAUGAACUGGGACAUGCUCUGGGCUUGGAGCAUUCUAAUGAUCCCACAGCAAUCAUGGCUCCAUUUUACCAGUAUAUGGAAACUGAUAACUUCAAACUACCUAAUGAUGAUUUACAGGGCAUUCAGAAGAUAUAUGGUCCACCUGACAGGAUCCCACCACCAACAAGACCUCUGCCAACAGUGCCCCCACAUCGUUCGAUCCCUCCAGCAGACCCACGGAAGAAUGACAGACAACCUAAACCUCCCCGGCCACCCACUGGUGACAAACCUUCCUAUCCUGGGGCCAAACCUAACAUCUGUGAUGGGAACUUCAACACUCUGGCUAUUCUUCGCCGGGAAAUGUUUGUUUUCAAGGAUCAGUGGUUUUGGAGAGUCAGAAACAACAGGGUGAUGGAUGGAUACCCCAUGCAGAUUACCUAUUUCUGGAGAGGACUGCCUCCCAGCAUUGAUGCAGUUUAUGAAAACAGUGACGGGAAUUUUGUCUUCUUUAAAGGUAACAAGUUCUGGGUUUUCAAGGACACUACUCUCCAGCCAGGGUAUCCUCAUGACUUAAUAACACUUGGAAGUGGAAUUCCUUCCCAUGGUAUUGAUUCAGCAAUUUGGUGGGAAGAUGUUGGGAAAACCUACUUCUUCAAAGGAGAUAGGUACUGGAGGUACAGUGAAGAAAUGAGAUCCAUGGACCCUGGUUAUCCCAAACCAAUCACAAUUUGGAAAGGUAUCCCAGAAUCUCCUCAGGGAGCCUUUGUCCACAAAGAAAAUGGCUUCACAUAUUUCUACAAAGGAAAAGAGUACUGGAAAUUCAAUAACCAGAUGCUCAGAGUGGAACCUGGCUAUCCCAGAUCAAUCCUCAAGGAUUUUAUGGGUUGUGAUGGACCAACAGACCGAGACAAAGACCGACACAGCCCUCAAGAUGACGUUGACAUUGUCAUCAAAUUGGACAACACAGCCAGCACUGUGAAAGCCAUAGCCAUUGUCAUUCCUUGCAUCCUGGCCUUGUGCCUCCUUGUCUUGGUUUACACUGUGUUCCAGUUCAAAAGGAAAGGAACACCCCGCCACAUACUGUACUGCAAACGCUCUAUGCAAGAGUGGGUGUGAUGUAGGGUUUUGUUUUGUUUUUUUUUUCUUUCCCUCCCAGGAGUUUGUGGUAACUUGAGAUUCGACACAAGAGCUGUUAUGCAGUUUCCUAGCUAGGAGCAGGCAUCUGUCAGUCUGAAACAAAGCUGAUCUUUAAAACCCAGGGGGUUGCCUAUCCUGCGCAUGAGUGGCGAUUUGCUCAGCUGGGAAGCUUCCAUGAUACAAAGUAUCUGCUGUUUCUUCAGUCCUUUGUCUUUCUUUGUCAUUCAAUUUAGGCCUUUCCUCUGCACGCCAAAUGCCCGAUAUCAGGAUUAACUAAUGAAGAGGAAAAAUAAUCUCAAAUGUUUCUACAUUUUUCCCUUAAGGCCUGUUCCCCUUUGAAAAAAAUUUUGCUGAAAGUUAAUUUUUUUAGAAAAACACAACAACCUGCAAUGGAACUUUCAGGAAAGUGAGAAGACCCAAAACAGCUUUGUCUCCAAAGAGGAUUGCUUUCUGUCUGCUAAGGAUAAAGUCCUACUCCUACUUCCAGUUUGUCAGGUGGGAGACCCAGAUGACACGCAGGACUUCAGACUGUUCGGACAGCCAUUUUCCAACAAACAAGGGGCCAAAAUAUCUGCAAUAUAGUAACAGCCUUAAUAAUACAUUCAUUUUGUGUUUUAUACAGCUGCUCUGGGCUAUGUCCUCAAUGUUUUAAACUCAUUUAUAUUCAUUACUAUAUUCAAGAGGAAUCUUUUUAUUGUUUUUUUUUGAUUUUGGGUUGGUUUUCCUGCAUAAUCUUUCCCAAGCUGUACCAAGCCAGCUGCCCCAGGCCUUUCACAGGUCUGUCAGGAGCACUCAUUCCAAAGCAUGGUAAAAAGCAGUGUGUCUCUGAAGUGGAUUUCAAUGAACUUAAAGCAACAGUCAUGGUGUAGAGAACUUGACACUGGUAUUACUUUGGUGUAACCCUUUGAGAACUAUUGCAUCAGUUUGCAGAGUCUGGUGGAUGUUAAUCUUGGUUGUCAUUAAAUUACAGGAUUGUGUUUUGGAAAUACAGAUUUUAAAAGAAAAACAGUUUUGUUUUUGUUUUGUUUUGUUUUGUAUUUAAAACGGAUUUCCUGUGACUGCAAGUGAGUGUUUUUAACUACUUGCAUUAUUGAUACAAAAACAUUUAUAACAUAAAGAGAAAACAAACUAUAUUUACCAGCUACUUUCUGGUUAAAUGAACCAAACCUAUUUUAAUAUCUUCUACCACUUACCAAGGAUUUUUCUGAACUGGCUACAGUUUUAUAGCUUAGCCUUUUAUCUUAAGCAUCUUGAACUUCUAUUUUAAACUAUGUUGCAUGAUAAUUCAAUUUGCCUCUUCAGAGGUAGAGUUACAGUUUCAAAGGAAAACUAAAAUGAUGACUCUGAUAUUGCAUGAAUAUCCUCUGGUGUGUUACCCCCUUGCAUGUUCACUAUAGUUCUCAAAGGGUUAGUCAAAUCUCUGGCCUUUAGCUGAACAUGAUAUCACCGACAGAGCCAAGGGACCACCAAAGCAUUUUGUCAUUACGUGUAAUUUGUGCUAACAGCAGUAUUGUCAUUUUCAUGUGACCUGCAGAGCAGGUUUGUAUCAAUAUUUUUUUCCUAGAGAAAAGUCAGCAACUGACAGACCUCUUUAUUGAUUUUAGGAGCUGCUUCUUGCAGUGAUAGGCUUUACAGUCACUGGGCUGUGAACUUAUUAAAGAUGGUCAGAAUGAUGCACCCCAAAUGUCAGACACCUGGUUUUUUAUGAAAGCCAGGAUUUGAGGGGAGUAGCUUUUGCAACAAUGAACAGCUUGCCUUGAACUUGAUUAUUGACCUGUUGACUGUCAUUACCAAGUUAAACAUUGUCUUCUGUGAACAGCUUCACUGUCUGAAUUUCCUUAAAGUGUACUGUCCUAUGUCUUUGCUCUUUGACCUUUAACUUGCAAACUGGCACAAACUGAAUGGAAUCCGGUGUUGCUAAUGAUCUAAGAUGGGUUUAAUUUCUUAAAGGCCUGAUGUACAUUAUCCAAAAUUAGAGAAAAAAAUGUUGAAGUGUUUUCUUAGGAAAGAAAAGACAGAAACAAAAAUAUUUAUGAUAGAUCUGUAGAAAGGUAUUUUGCUAUGUAUACAUGCACACUCUAAAAAUGAACUACAGUAGAAAUGAUUUUUUAUUUAACUUGAAUACAAUUUUUCCAUAUAAAGUUAUCAUUUCUACAGAUAGCUAGUUAUUAAUGAAAAGGUUAUAGGAAAGUAUUAAAAUACUUGAAAUGGCCAGUAUUGGCUUUUACAUAAAAUGAGACUUUUGUACUACAUUCAGCCAAUUUCUUACUGAUUUCUUAAUUCACAUAACUGGAUCACUUUUUAGAGAGUGUAGGUAUAUAUACACAUAUAUUAUGGUUAUUAUUUUGGUAAUGAAUAGCUUGACUGCCUUGAAUUUAUAUUUAUAUUGAGCAUAGCAUGAAAAAUAGUAUGCCUUUUUGUUCGACUACAUGAUUUUAUAUUGAUUUGAGGACUUUAUGAACAUAUGUGGCAUGCUAUAAAGCAUUGCAAAUUGUUAUUUCUUAGAGCAUAAACAGAUAUACAUAUGUAACGGCUAACAGAAAUGAAGAUUAGAAAAAGAUAUAGUUUUACAACAAAUAUGCAAUGCAGAUGGCAUUUUUGAGAUGUUUUGUAGAGGUACCGCAUACUGUAGGUUAGAAUUACACCAGUAUCAGCCCAUAGCAUUAUUUAGUAAAUCCAAUUCAGUUGUUGCUGAAAAUAUAUAUUAAUUGACAGUUAAGUAACAUAGGGUAUUUACUGCACAUCUGCUCAUUUGGUGAAUUCGGAAUUCAAUGCCUCUUUGCCAUAUAUAUUAAUAUGUGUGUGUGUACAUGCAUUUGUGUAUUUAGAAAUGCAUACACACACUCACAUACACAUACAUGCAUAUUUUAAUUCAUGCAUAGAUUUUUAUUGUCAACAACCUACUAUAACUUAUAUUUUGCUACAGACAGAACAAAAUGAUUCAUCACCUGUUCCAAUUUUGUCCCUUGGUGGAAAAUACUAACACUAUUUACUCUGCAUUUGGUUUUCCUCUACAACAGGAGAACUGGUUUUAUAUUAUCUUUAAUUCAGAACAGCAUCUCAUCUGUUUUUUUGUUCACUUGAAAAAUUCACUUCAAUUUUUAAAUAUCUUUCAUGGCAGCUUUAACUUUUUGUGCAACUGUUUCCCUGAGAGUAAUGAAGUGCUGAGCAUGUUGACUGUUGUUUUUUGAUAAAGUAACAAAAAUGUUUGCAUUUGGAGAACUUAAUUUUAAUUAUGCAGGAAGGUAAGUGUGAUAAGUCUAGUGCUUGGUAUAUGGUACAUCAUAGAUACCUGAAUACACAAGUUGAUUAUUUUCUUUUACUCUAAAGUGCAUAUAUAUUAUAUACAGAGAGGGAAAAGUAAUAUUAUAUUGGCAUGUUUAUGUCAUGCAGAGCAAGAUUUUGUCAGCAUUUAUCUUAUAUACUCCUAUUUUCAGUAGAUUAUAAUGCAGUCAUAAAGGUUUGUUUUAAGUAAUAGAUGUAGGAGCAAUUGUGGUCAGUGGAAUUUCCAAAUAUAUGUUGGCUGACUGAAUUAUGGAAAUUCAGAUUAAAUUAGUGGUGUUACCUGAUUUAGUUUUGAACUCAAACAAGUAAAAGUUCUAAUACGAUGUUAUUUUUUGAACAGUUGUUUUUCUACCAGGGCCUAUAAUUACAAGCACUAAUCAAAAACAAAGUGAUUGAGUUCUGCAAUCUGGGUUCCUACUCACGUGUCGUAACUUUUCACAUAACAUUUUUAAUAAACUUUUCCAUAUUGCUACUGUCACAAUCUGUACUGUGGAAAAAUACAAAACUGAAUAUUCAUUGUGUUAAUCAGUGACAGUCUAUCAAGCUGACUAUACGGGGCUGUGUAUCUUCAAAAUACUAAUGUCUGUAUGACACAGGAGGCCAGAGUAGAUAACAUCACCAUUUCACCUGGCCUUUUAAUGUAUAAAACUAUGAAAAGGUUAUUGACUGUAACAUAUUGACACAAUUUUUUUUUUUCCAAAAAAUACACUUAAAAAAGUAUGUAAUUGUAUAUUUACUGGAUAGCCUGAGAUUGAGAGACUCAAAUGGCUCCAACGGAGCCCUUUCAAGUCUCCUGAAUAAAUGUAAUACAUGUUUUAUAUCUUCCUAUGAAUUUUUGUUCUUUUUCUUUUAUUCAAAGUGGAGAAAAGGGAGGGAAUAACUAAAGAAAAAACAAAAAAGCUACUUUUGUGAAUGAAAAUGACAGAAAAUAAUAUAUUCAAACAUAAGGGGCAGAUUUACACUUUCUCUUGGCAGUGUACUUCACCUCCCAGUUGUUUUGCCAAGACUCUUGUGCUAUGAGCACUGUGGGUUAAGAACAGAGUGUAAGACUUAAUUUUGAAAUUUCAGCUUUUUUUGGCUUACUUCACAAUCCUAACAUCAGUUAAAUGUAGCUUUUGGUACCAAAUUAUAUAGAAUAGAAUUCUAGCUUGUUGGUUAGAAAAAAUGUGUGUAGGGUAGAAAGUAGGUCUGCCUAAAAGCAACGGAAACAUUACAUUCCUAUUCUUUUUUUUUUUUUUUUUUUUUCAUUUGAACCAUCACUAGGGCAAAGCUUAAAAAAAGCCUUGUUCCACUGCAUUUUUAAGAAAGUAGAAAUGCAAACUACCACACCAUUAGCAGCCUAAACUGGAGAUAGCACAAGAUAACCAGGCUGAAGAAAAAUAUGACUGCAGGGGCUUGCUCUGUCCUGGCUUACAUAUACAUGUAUUCUUAGAAUGAGGCCUAAGUUUUACCAUCAAUUGCAGAGGUGGAGGAAGCUUUGUAGCAUAGUAGUAAGAGAUUUGAUGCAGCCAUUACAGAACAAUAGCUCCCUGUCGCCUUUUGUUGUUGUCAAGACUGUCUUUAGAUAGCUCUAUUUCCAGAAGUGUAAAUAGAAUACUGCAGCCCUAUGAGCUACAAGGAAAAUCAUUAUUAUCAGUGGAAGGAACAAAUGUCACUGGCUACUUAGGUGUGCAGCUAUGCUGUAAAUGAAAUAAUGUUUUGUGUGAGUCAAGGAACAGAUAACCUUUUAUUGAAUACAAUGCUAUAUCUGUGACUGAUAGACCAGUGCUGUUAAGUUAAGAAUACUUCCUUGGCUCAAAGUUCACAGACUAGACAGAGUGGUUCGAAUAAGAUAAGACCAUUUAAACAUAUGUCAGUUACAAAAUCAGGUGUAAGUGAACCAUGUAACAUAUAAAUAUAAAAUUAAUAUGUUUAUGCAUAUAAAUCACUGAUUUGUCAGCCAAUGAUCUCAUAAAAAAAAAAAAAUGUAAUGUGUGAGUCCAAUCUCUCUAAUCCAUUCUCAUGACUUAUGUCACAGACUGGUCAACAUUGUCAUCAGUACCAUAGAUGCUGAAAAUGUCUGGUAAACAUCAAAAGCAUACCACCACUUGUUGUGGACUGGCUCCAUCUUACAAUUGAUCUAAGGUAGACUCUAGUGUUAGACAGCAUAGAUUCUCUAUGAUGUGUUAUUUGAGGUAUGUAUGUAACUAAGAAAACACAAUGAUAACUGGAGUUCAUAUUUUGAAGGUUCAUCAGUAUGUGACCACAGUAAGCAUUUGUUCAUCAAAUCAAAAUGUCUUUCCAAGUAUGUAGACAGCAUUGAACACAAACAUCAUAAACAGGUUUUGACUCUCAGCAUUCAUAAGCUGUAGCAUAUCAUCUACAAUUUGUAGUCAGUUGCAGCUGUCUAUCAUCUUGUUGAGAUAUGACAUUCUAUGUGAGGUAUUUAAAGUAUGUUGACCCUGUGGAUAUAGCCUUAAGUAUUUCUCUGGUUUGCCCAUAGUACAGAUGAAAUAAAUUUGAGAGACAGGUAAAAUAUAAAUGAAGAAACGUUGAUUCAAACUAACAUACUAAACAGGAUUUUCUACACUUGGAUGUGCAUGCUGCACAGUGCUGCUUGCUGUCACACUACAUAAACUCUAAUCAUUACAUAUGCCAGCCAUUUAUGAUGGCACAAAGCUUUCCAGUCAUACAGCUUAGUUUCUUCUGCUUCUGUAAAAUGACAUUGUCCACAGCUAGUAAUUAUAAUAGCCACCACAUAAACUAAAGUUUGCUAUUUAAUUAAUAGGCAUCUCUACCCUAUGAAAUUGCAUCAUAUCCUUUUUAUAACUACACCCUUAAUCUCUUUGGCAAGCUCUCAGCAUAUCUUAAUUCAUAGUCUUUCAUGCCCCAUAAAUAAAUAAAUAAAUAAACAAACAAACAAACAAUAAAAUUUGCUCUUGCAGUAAAAUAUAUACUGAGCAUUCUCUUCAUCUUGCUAUCUGGCACUGACCCAUGGAAUAAUCACUUUUAUUCUGUGCCAUGCGCAUGUCCUGGGUCAGACAUUUGCCCAUCCAUCAUUUUGGGAACUGGGUUUCUGGGAAGUAGGAUUAGCAACAGAAGGCUGGUAUAAAAUGGCUUUCUGCAGUAACUGCUUAUACCUUAACAUUAUGACAACAGAGUUUGAAGAGUUUUUAGGGAAGUAUUACUUCCCUAAUGUAUUACAUACUGGUAACAAUGCACUUGUAACUAUGCCAAUCAGUGCAUGCUCAGCUGUGUUCACCACUUACAGAGAGUAGCGUGUUAAAUCAGAAAAUAAUAUUUCUUAUCCAUAUUUCCAUCCUUAUAUAAUGACAUAAUUUAAAACCUUGUCUACACACAUAUUUGUACUUACAUGGCUAUAAAUAAAAUUGUCAGACUUGUGGAAGCUGACAGUGCUUAGGAUCAGUAUGCAGUCAGUGCUAACUCAUUUAUAAGGUGUGAAAAAAACUGUUUCCCUUACUAUGAUUUCACAACCUCAAAGAGAAAAAGGAGGUUGGCCAGUAGUGUAAAAUGGUGGUUUAAAAUACUCUUUAUUUUUCAGUAUUAACACUUACAUAUUAUAUGUAGCCCAAAAAACUCUAUUACACAACUGAUAUAUUCAAAAUUAAAAGCACAGCCUCAUAUUUAGGCAUACAAAAAAUCUGAACAGAUUCAUAUACAAUAUAUGCAUUGCUUGGCUAUUGCCACAGAAAUUUCAGUGCUCACACACUGAUCACAUUCAUAUUUUAUGGGAUUACCAUGUUGAAGUCAGCUCUGAGCAGUUUGUUUGCUUAGACAGAGAGUUAUACAUAUUAGUAAAGCACUGUUAUACACAUUAGAAAAAGAUACAUUUGAUGAUGUGUAUUCAGAAGACAUCACCAGCAACCUACAGCACUGUUUAAAUGAUCAUGGCAAACCACAAUUCACACCUGAAAGGCAUUGCUGUGGACUAUAUUUGCAUAGCUGUGUUACACCUUACAUAAUGAAGUACUGUGCACUCAGGUCAUGAAUCACAAGGCAGAUAAAAACUAUUAAAAACAGACAGAACAAAAAGAACAACCUUCAGGACAUUAAUUGUCAAUACUCACUCAGCUCACAGAAAUGCCUGAGAUUGCUAUACCCAAGACAAUUUAAUCCUGAGUAGCAAUCCAGUAUCGAAGGAAUGUGUGAUGACACAAAUAAUCUAUCCUCAGUUCUUACACUGUGUAAUGCAUUUGGUGAAAUAUUGUCAACUAAGUAUAUGUCUAACAUCCAUCCUUAAAUGUGUUUCUGAAACCAAGCAGACAUCUUUUGUCAAUUCAUGCUUAAAAGUUUGGACUUGUAGUGUCAUUCACUAUUACUGUCUUACUGUGUCUGAAUGAAAACGAUAUUAUAGGGUAGACUGAGGACUAUGAAUCUCCCAUACAAGAUACACAGGCCAUCAUCUGCUAUAUAUGCACUGCUUUGAGGGUUGUUGUCCUUGGUUCACAGUGAUGACAAAUACAGCUUUUUAGGACCAUUGAAAUCUUUCUUAGAGAAAACCUAUAUUAGUCAUGAAUUGUCUUUCCAAAACAUCUAGGAUCCCCAGGAGAGCAAACUAGGUCUUUUGAUCAAAGACAGCAGGCAGACAUAGAAAAAACAGGGGAAGUGCAUUUCCUUUUUUCAUUUCUAUAAGAAUAUAAGAAAAGGAAUGAGAACACUUAGCUUCAUAACUGCAAGUGCAAAGCCUAUUUGAUGGGUAGGGAAGGAAACAAAGAUGAUGACUGACACCACAGAAAAUUUCAUGUACCCACUACCUUGGUUACUGACAUUGGAACAAAAAGACAUAUUAUCGGGAACUCAGUGAUAGCUUUGAAAGUAUUAUUGAUUUCCAAGAGCUUGUUACACUUUGGAAAGUCCACUGAAUUAUAUAUUUGAUGUCAUAUACUACUGGUCUGUCAAAAAGGCACCUCAGUAGAGUUGCUCUAAAUCUGACCACAAAUACAUAGCGAACACACUAAAUAUAUUCUACAAUCGUAAAUUGUUCAAGAAAGGAUUAGUCAAACCAUUAUCAUCCUGAAUCUAUGUGCAAAAACUUGUCACAGUUUAAUGUUUUUACCCUUGUUUUUAGAAAUUAGAACCCCAUAGUUAUCCAUCACUUAAAGAACUCUGCUGUAUGAGAUAUUGAAAGAGAAAGAAGCCUUUACCUAUGUUAGUCUAUAUUACAGACAAGUAUCUUUAUUUCUGUAUCUCAGUCCAGAAAUAUUUGAUUUAAUAGAAACACACUUAUAACCUCUGGAUGGAUCAUGUAUCACUUUAUUUUUUUAUUUAAAUUGAUGUUGAUGAUUCAAAUGUUCAAAUUUCUGAUCCCUCCCCCCUUUUAUUUAUUUUUUCCACUGUGCCUUGACAUGUUUUCUGACUGAUUGAUACAAUUUUUAAUGUAUUGUGAUCUUGGUAGACAAGUGAGAAAUGGUCUCUUAACUCUACAGAUGAAGAAAAUGAAAUUUUGUUGUCCACCUCAUUAAUCAUAUAUAUUUUCACAGUCUAUCACUGGGAAAUGCAGCUUUUUGUCAAUGAUGUAAAGCUAGUACUUUCUCAAAAAUACAUCAUAUGCACAUUAGAGGAACUUGGAAUAUAUCUUUCACUAAAUCUUGUUCAUUGCCCAGUAUUCCAACAGCUGAGCUCCAAGUUGUUCAUUUCAGAUUACUAAAGUCUCUGACAUCCAUUGGCACAGCCAUCCUUUAACUUUUAUAAAAAUUUUGUGGCACAGCCAGCACUAACCAUCAUAGACUUCACGUUUGCAUCUCAUGGCUAUUCCAUUGGUCAUAAUGUAACAGCAAAGAGCCACCAUUUUUGAUGCCAACCCUUGCACACUAUUUACAUCCAUGGUUUAUGUUGUCUGUGAGAGGUGGGAAGUCUAGAAAGCUGCUAUUUUGAGAGUAUUAGUACUACUUGCAGUGGUACCAAUUCUUGUCUUUUCUCUUCCAUCUUUGCAUUCUUAUGCCUGUAAUUUAUGCCAUUGCUACUCCCACAAUAACUGUAGGACCAGACCCUCCUCUACACCAAGUCAGUUCGUAUACAGACAUCAACAACCAUUAAAUUAUUACUCUGGCAUAAUAGACUAACACCAUUGCAUGGCUGAAAGUUUUCCUAUGCACUGUUUUCUGAAUGAUCCUAAUUUUUAGGUAUCAUAAACAGUGUAUUUAUGAAGAGCUCUACCUGUCAUCUGCUAGCGUAGGCUGGGAAUUAGAUUCGUUAUGCAGUUCAUUCACAGCCUGCAGUGAAAGGUGCAAGUGUUUGACUUCUGCAGGUUUACUGUACAUGGUGUAUUCCUACAUGCUCAGAAGAUGUUUAAGGAAGGUUAUGUGUGCUCUUUGCCAGUUCUGUGGUUGGUACUGUUAGUGAUUAAAGCGUGUAUGGCUGAUUUUGUUUGUGUGUAGUCAAUCAGUUUGAUAUGUUUAUGUACAAGAAGGGUACAUGUCUUUUUUUUUUUUUUUCCUACUACAUACACAUUCUUGUUUCCAUUACUUUCCAAAUAACAUUCACUUUUUUUUUUUUUUCACUCCAAGUGCUGUAAUCUUUUAUCUGUCAGAACAUGAUUUAUUUUAUUAUUUUUUUUUAGUCCUGUUUUUUGGGUGUGCUUUGUGAUUUUAGAAGCUGAUUCUAAUUUCCAUGUAGUUGCCAUUCUUUCCUCCACCUAAUUCCCUGUAAUUAGAGUAGAAAUUAGUCUGGUUCCAAUACAUUAGCUAGAAUCUGCUACAAUUAUGAGUCUCUUCCCACACCAUGAAAUCCUUGUUUAUCCUCCACCUCUGAGAAAGAAGAAACAAACUUUUCAUCUUUUUUCGUGUUUUUCAUGAUUUUGGUACAGUUUCUAGGAUAUCUCUGAAAGUGGUUUUAUGCAUAACAUGUAAAACCCAUACAUUCUUAAACACCAACUCUUUUCAAGCUCUACUUCUUGAACCAUCCAACAGUUGCUCACUUAAUUUACAAGGCCUGACAAAUAACGCAGAAUAUAGAUGUAAUGAUUUCUCUGUGUCAUGCAAAUUUCUUAUCUUUAUUUUCUUUUCUCAGCAUAGCCCCAUGCAUUUCAUGCCCAUGUUUGGCUCAUUAGAAUGUAUGUUAGUAACAAAAUAACUGGAGCUUUUUUUUUUUUUCUGCAACUAAAUGUCAUUUUAUUAUUGUUAUUUUAUUUUAUUUUAUUUUAUUUUAUUUUAUUUUAUUUUAUUGGCUCACACAGCAUUCUAUACAGUAACCUUUUUAUAACUGACAUAUGUUAUUCCUUCAGGUAGCUUUUACUGACAAACACAAAGUUUGUUUGUGUGCAAAUGCAAGGCUGACUAAAUGGUGCUAAAGUGUAUUAUGACUGUCAGAUAUAAUCAGGCUAAAUUUUGUGGUGCUUAGACUGAUUUUUUUCAUUGAUUUUAUUGAUCAAUGCAUUGAACAGUGUUUUAUUAUACACAAGUUGUCUUUUAUUAGUAAAUCAAGACCUCAUAGUGCAUUGUUAAACAAAAUGGGUUAACUAAUCUAUGUAACAGUUCACCAAGCUAUUAUCUCUUUAACUCCUUAUAACGUUGUGUCAUUAAAGGUCAAGGGGUCAUGAUAAUAAUCUCAUUGCUGUAGACCAUUAACAUGACUGAACAUUUUCAACAAAGUACUUAUGUUUACAAUGCUAUAACCCUUUGACUGCUGCGGCAACCUUUAACCACAGAAAGUCACAUGCUAGAAUCAUCAUUAGGGUUCUUGCCAUGGCAAUCAAAGAGUUAAGGGCUGUGCAGUGAUUUGUUUUAUAUUUAUUAAUUUAUAUUUAUUUUUUUUUUCAUUUGAGAAGGGGGGAAUUGGGGUGGGGCAGUUCUUGUCUGCUGUAAGUGUCUUAACCAAGGGAAGGGUUAAAAUGGCUUUUUAUACUAUUGCAUCUUAUGUACUUACCAUCGUUUCAUUGUGUUGUAAUUAAAAAAAAAAAAAAAUCUGUCAAUAAAUAAGAGAACAGAAAAAAAGUUUCCUAAAGGCAUUGUGGUUUGCUUGGUACAUAUUACCAUAAGAUUUAUAGUUGCUGUUCUUUAGAUGCUGUAUAACAUUACAGCCAACUUUCGCCUCAGAAAAUGAAUAAAUAACAGAUACUGACAAUAUAGAGGUAUUAUGGAUAUAUCUGGGUAUAAAAAAAGGCAAAAGAAGAAUUAGUUAAUUUUUCAAAUCAAAAUAGAGUAGAAUCUCUAGAUUCUUUAGAAUAAAUAGAGUUUAUUCUAAACUCUAAUUCUCCUAUAGAAUUUAUAGGAGAAAGGUGGAGUGCCUAGCUUUGUACCUACUUCUGUAAUAUUUGAAGCACCAUUCAUUAGACUUUACUGAUGCAGACACUAUAAAAAAAAUGAUGAACAAGUGGCUAAAUUUCUUCCCUUUUUUGUGAGCAAAAAAAAUAAUAAAAAAAAUAAAAAAAAAUAAUUAUAGUGUCAGUAAAAGGUGAGUCUAAUCAUUCAGCCUGGAAAUUAGCUUCCGUGUAGCUUUGUCUGCAGGUGAUUGACAUAAACACCAGUUCUGAAUGGAAGGGUUUAGGGAGUGUCUUAAAUACCUUAGCAUCUUAAGUUCAAGGAAGUGUUUGGUUUCUGAAAGAGAAGAAUUAAAAAAACUUCCAAGCUGAUCCAUGUCUAAGUUAUACCAUUCACUUCAUAGGUGAAUAUGCUGCAAAAUGCAGAAGAUGUUUACUUAUUAGUAAACAUCUAGCAAUCAUAAUUAGCACAAGAGAAAUUUGAUAUGACAAUUCAGUCUGUUUCAGACCUAUUCUCACAAUUAUUUGGCAGGUAAUUCAUUUUUUGUUUUAAUGUUUGGGACCAAAUUCAGAAUUUAGUUUCCAGGAAUUAUUCUCUUCCAAAAAAUCUUUUCAAAGAGGAAACACAAUCAAUACUGGUUUAACCAAUUAAACAAAAUUAACUAUGAAUAACAAAUAUUUCUAGUCACUGCUUGCCAACCACUCUCAUAUUACAUGUUUGAGUUACUAUAGUGAAUAAAAUCAACUGAACAUCUGGAUACCAAUAACUGACAAUGGAAUUAAAACUUAUGAAUAUAUUAUUUAUGACAUUCUUCAGUUCAACACAAUAUCUGGUGGCAUGGCAAAAACUUGUUUUCUGCUCAAAAUAAGCUAAGGAUAAAGGAAAUUAGUGUUUUACAGAUCACCUAGCAAGUCAAAUGGCAAAACACUGGGUGCUUACCAAUCAUGAGGACUGAAAUUUAAUGAAUAUUAGUCAAUCCUAAAACUUACAAAACAUGUAAGUCAAACUUCUUUUUCUCCAUGUAUAUUGCCAGUUCACUGCUGCACAAGUGAAAAUGGGUUUGUAUUAGAAGUAGAAUUCUGCAAGGCUAUAAUGCACAUUUGAAUUGUGCUUCAAUAGGAAAAGAAACUAGACUCUGAUCAAUGUCAAACCAAAGUCCAUUUGAGUUGCUUUCAGCCCCAGAGGACAUAAACUAUUAUCCUCUAUACAAACAUUCAGGAUGCAUAGGACUUUUUACAACACUUAAGCAUUUUUACUUCCAUAAAGAGUAAGAAAAUCAGGCAUAGUCAGCAUGGAUUCACCAAAGGGAAGUCAUGUUUGACCAACAUGAUAAUCUUCUGUGAUGAAUUGACGAGCUAGGGAGCUGUGGGGAGAGCUGUGGAUAUUGCCUACCUGGACUUCAGUAAGACUGUUGACACUGUCCCCCAUAAGAUCCCCACAGGUGUAUGAGCUGCAUGGGCAGACAGGGAAGUGGAUCAAAAACUGACUGAAUAGCCAGGCCUAAAUUGCAGCAGUCAGUGGUACAGUCUAGUUGGAGGCCAGUAAAAGAGCAGAAUACCCCGGGGACAAUACUGGGCCCAAUCCUGUUCAAAAACUUCAUUAAUGAUCUGGAGAAUGGGGCAGAGUGUAGCCUCAGCAAGUUUGGAGAUGACACAAAACUGGGAGGAAUGGCUGAUGGAGAGUCUUGCUGCCAUCCAGAGGGACAUGGACAUGCUGGAAAGAUGUGCCAACAGGUACUUCAUGAAGCUCAACAAGAAGUGCAAAGCCCUGCACCUGGGAAAGAACAAGCCUGGUCACUGGUACAGGCUGCAGGCCACCCAGAUGGAAUACAGAAAAGGACCUGGGGGUCCUGGUGGACACCAAUUAAAACAUGAAGUAGCAACGUGCCCUUUCCUCUAAGAAGGCUAACAAUAUUCUUGGCUGCAUUAGGCAAGGUGUCACCAGCAUUAGGCAGUGUCACAAGAGAGGUGAUCCUUCCCAUCUGCUGAGCCCUGGUGAGGCCACAACUGGAAUGAAGAGGCUCAGGGAGGAUCUUAUCCAUGUCUAUAAAUAUCUGAAGGGAGAGUACCAAAAGGACAAAGCCAGGCUCUUUUCAGUGGUGGUCAGAGACAGGACAAGAGGCAAUGGGCACAAACUGGAACACAGAAGUUUCCCUCUGAACAUUAGGAAGCAGGUCUUUUCUGUGUGAAUGAUGGAAUAUCUCCUUGGAGAUAUUCAAAAGCUGUCUGGACAGGGUCCUAGGCAACCUGCUGUAGGUAUCCAGGCUUGAGUAGGUGGUUGGACCAGGUGACCUCCAGAGCUCUCUUCCAACCUCAGAUAUUUUGUGAUUCUGUGAUUCUGUUUCAUUAUUUGUCACAUGAAAAGCAACAUACAGACUUUCACUUAAGUGCCUCCUUCCUUCAUGAAAUUCCUUUUUUGUUUGUUUGUUUGUUUUUGUUUUUCUGAUCUAAAAUGUUCAAGUUAUAAUUCAGGAGAAUCAGAGUGGAAAAGUUGCAAAAGCAAAGCAACAUCCAACAACAAUUACAAAAAUUAUUUGAAGAACCAAUAUUUUCAAAUAUGUUUUUGCAUUAGUAUUUAAUUUCUGGAGAGUGUCCAAGCUGAAAUAAGUAUUGUUUCUACCACACUGGCAACGUUCAAUAUAUUGAUGUGAAGUUUGGUUUGCAACUCAUUUAUCCCUUCACAAGUCACUGCAAGAAACAACUCCUAAAGAGAAUGCUUAAUUGCCCAGAUGUUUGUAUGAAAUUACUGUCAUUAAUCUCUGUAUUGAUUAUCUUUCUUUUCUCUUCCAGGAUUCUUCUAUUUUUAUAUAUUCCCCUGCAGUGACAUGCAGAGGCAUCCUUGUUAUCUAUGACUUGCUCACUUGCUGUCUAAUUGCAUGCUAAGAAAUGUAUUGUGCAGUACUUUUGUGUUAUGGUUCACAGACAUUUUUUGCUUUGAUUUUCAGCAUUAGACAUUCUUACCAUGACAUUUGACAAGUGUGGCUGCAGCCUCCUGGUUUCUACACUGAGAUCCUGUUACCUUGUCACACUGACCAGUUUCCUGCUGCAUGUCUUUGCUCAUGUUUUCAUUAUAGCAAUACAUUCAGGUUGAAAAGAUA